ACAUGGCAGCGGCGACGAGUGUUGUUAUGCUUGACAGGGGAAAUAAUACGACGUGCACCAUAAAUUUACACGGUGCAACAGUCGUUUCGUGGCGUGUGAAUAAUCAAGAACAGCUGUUCGUGAGUAAACAAGCCAUAUUUGAUGGGAAGAAACCAAUCAGAGGUGGCAUUCCAUUUGUAUUUCCUCAGUUUGGACAGUGGACCUUCGGCCCUCAGCAUGGGUUUGCACGUAUUGUUCGGUGGAAUUUAGAAAAGGCGCCAGAAAGGCUGCCAAGUGGAGAUGUGGAAGCCAUCUUCUCCAUUAUGGACAGUGAAUUCACUCGGUCUAUGUGGAACUACCCAUUUCGCCUCACAUACAGACUGAUACUACGAGAAAAGGAGCUUCAUUUCAAUAUAGGCAUAUACAAUCCUAGCAAAGACCUUACAUUCAGUUUCAAUUUACUGCUUCAUACUUAUUUUAAAGUUCCUGAUGUACGACGUUGCCAGAUUACGGGGUUACAUGGCUGCACAUUCAUUGAUAAGACACGCGACGGUGCCAUUUUCCAAGAAGGCCGUGAUGUUGUAACUAUUUCAGAAUGGACUGAUCGCAUAUACCAGAACACUCCUCAAGAACAUAUAAUAACCAAUGUAGUUUCGGGACGUAAAAUGAGAAUCCAGAAAUAUAAUUUCCCUGACACAGUUGUGUGGAAUCCAUGGAUUGAGAAGGCCAAAGAAAUAACAGAUUUUGGAGAUGAUGAGUUUCCUAACAUGGUGUGUGUAGAAUCUGGCCAUGUUUCCAGUCCUGUAAUCCUUUUACCAGGAACUGCAUUUGAAGCAAGUCAGAUUUUGCAGGUGAUGUGAGUGGAGGGCGGGGCUGCAGGUGGUACUGGAGGACGACGGGGUUCAUCAAACCGUUCUAGCCACCAUGUGCAGCAGCAACAGCAGCAGCAGCAACAACAGCAGCAGCAACAGCAGCAAUUGCAGCUUCCCCACCUGCAACAUCAGCAGCAACAGCAGCAGAUCCAUCACCACCAUCACCCCCACCACCAACAGCAACAUCAGCAACAACAACAGCAGCAGCAGCAGCAGCAGCAACAGCAGCAGUUGGCAGUUGCUCAGGCAUCAGCCUCCACUAGUGGGGAUAUCCUGUGGCCUCAUAGUGCCCCUUGGCUGGCUCUGAACAACAUGUAUGUGGGUGAAAUGCUGCAUCACAGAUUGCUGCUGGAGCACGGCAAGACCAGCUCCGGCGUGCAGCCCCCUGAGCACCACCCACACCAGUGUGCGUCUCCAUGUAGCAUCUGUUCACUCAACCUGUAGCCCCCAUCCUCCACUGACGGUGACUUUAAGAGAAGGCAGAGUUGCGUUUGCUGUGCAUCGCACUUCUACCCUCGAUGGACUUGGAGUUGUAUUAUUUUUUAUUAGAGUGUAGGAGUUAUUGCUCUGAAAUGAUUUUCGGAGAAUACAUAUGUAUAGUGUGUGUGUGUGUGUGUGUGUGUGUGUGUGUGUGUAAAAGACAAGAGCAAUUUGUUGUGUUUGAGGCGUAUUUUAUGUAUGGCCACCUUCCCAUAUUGGGUGUUAAUCUGUUCUCUUGUGUGCACUAGUUGUGAACUUGGAAGUUUCUUAGUAGGCUCACAUUGUGUGUGUCAUGAUGGUUAAAUUCAAAGACAAAUUAAAGUUUCCAGAACUUAAAUAUCUGAUGUGCACAUAUUUGAAGCAAAAACAAGAAAGACUAAUAUGUUACAUAAUUUUGUAUUUAUUCAGAAAUAUGAAACUGCAGCUUUCAGUGUUUUAAAAAAAGUAUAGAUACAUUUGUGAUGCAAAUUUUAGACAGAGUAGUUGGUCAGCAGAUGCCUAUCUAUGUAAACAGUAGCAGCAAUUUUCAAAUUACUGUAUGUGGCAAAGAGGGAUUUGAGAUAGAGAAGAGACUAUUCAAUAUUCCUGUUCAGUUAAUAGCAGGAAGUGAAAGUUUGUUCUUAAAAUUUUGUUCUGUGUGUGCAGCAGAACACUUUUGUAGUGUCAUCUGUUCUUUGAGAUUUUCCUUAUUUUCUGAUAAUGGAACUCUCCGCCUCACAAAAAACCCACUUCUGACGUUGCAGCAGUUAACUUUAACAUCUAAGCUACUUCAGAAUAUACUGAGCAUCAAUUUGGAAUGUUAAUGUGCUAAAAUAAGUAACAUGUGGAAUAGAAUUUCAGUUCAGUCACUGAAAUGACGGAUUUAUUUAUUUUUGGAUUUCCAACAAAAAUGCAACAAGCUGAAGAAUUUUGAAAAAUAUAUUUUAAACUCUUUUUUUUAUGAUGAAAAAUAUUACCAAAAUGAUUCUCACAUUUCAAACAUAAUUGCUGUUUUGCCAUAAAAGAAUACCUGUAUCUACAUAGAACCACUGAAGAAAGUUAAUAGAGUGCUUCCGGGUGUUCUUUCAAGUUGAUUUCACUUCAUGUACAAUAUUAAUAUGGCUGACCCAGCUAUCUUCUUCAGGUACUGCGAGUGUUGCUGUUUGGAAUCUGGGCAGCGAGUAAACAUAAUAGUAAAACUCGCUGCACCUGAAGAAGAUGGCUGGAUCAGUCAUCAAAAUGUGGUGCAUAAAAUGGAAAAAAACUUGGCCCAACACCUGGAAGGACAUUAUUAAUUGAUCGCACAAAAAAAAAAAACCUGAGGGAUCACAGCCCUCUGGAAAUACUAACUGACUUAUCACACACAUUUUUAUUUGCAGAACUUUAUGAAUUAAAGCAGUGACUUUGGAAAGUGGAAAAAUACAUAAAUAAAUCAAUUAUGCCUUUUUAAAAUCAGAAACAAAACAAAAAUAUGUGCGUUUGAAGAAUACAAAUUUUAAAGUUAAACCUGUCAUGAAUAAAUUCAUACUUUAAAUAAAUUUCAGUCAUACUCAUUCAUCAUUGUUACAUUCAUAUGAAAUCUAUCAAAUCAUUUGCUGUUUCACUAAACAUACACAUCUUAAAUUGUUCAGUUAUUACUGAUGUAUAGUAUAGUGUUUAAUAUUCCAUGUUAUAUAUAUUAAAUAUUAUUGUUAGUGUUCUAGCAUCUCUAUUAGUAUCUUGUAGAAACAUUCAGAUUUUGAAGUCUUAUGAAAUGUGUACCAUCAAUUUCUGUAAGAAUACUGUUACUAAAUACUUAGCAUUGGAUACAGAUGUUUCAAAUAUUUCUUUUUGAUGGUAACAAAUUUAGUAACUUAACUCGGAUCAUUGAAUGCUGUGAUUAAACUACUCUCUGCAAUAAUUAAAUUUGAAAUAAUUGUUAGAAUUACACAUGUUACUCUCCAGUCAUGAAUAAAUAACCUAUUAAGAUAUUUUGUACUUUUAUGAUAUAGAGGUGCAAAGAGUGUGAAAGAAUUCAAUUUUUAUAUACACUAUAUUCUCAUGUCAAUCUGACCAUUUAGAAAAGUUUAAGGUGAGACACUCCAAUAGUUGAAUGAAUGAAAUUUCUCUAAUAGCAUUCUGCUAAAAUUCUGUAGCAACAGUAUAUACUACUUUUAUCUUCAUUUUGUACUAACUAGUUUCCAAAAGAGGCUAGUGUGCUGACUGGUGCUGCUCUUGACUGAUGAAAUGUGAUCCAUAUUUGUUUUUAGUUUGUUAUAACUAUAUACUUUUGUGAGAUACAGUUUUAUUGGAGGAUGCCUGAAGUAUGUAAUGGCAGACAAUAAUUUAAUGUAUGAAUGUUUAUACAGAUUUUGCUCUUGUGAUUGCAGAGGCUCUCUUGCAUUCUAUGUUCUCAGUAAAUAGCUGUAGGUAAACUUUGUUUGUUCUUUUGAAAUUAUUUUGACCAUGUCGCAUGGUGUAUAAUGUAUUGAACUUCUUGCUGAAUAUUUGAACUAUCCAUCAGAAUUAAUUUUGACUGACAAUAUAUUGGUAUGGUCUGACCAAUCAAAAUGUAUGCAUGGAAGAACACUGUGUUUUUUGGAAUUACCUCAUUGUAAGCUAAGUGUAUUUCAUCUUCCUCCUCCUUUCUUUGUCCUUUCUUUUUUCCACCACAGAUGACAAUAGUAGAUACCUUAAAGGUUGUACACUGUGUUCUACUCAUUUCUGUCUGAAGUACAGUAUGGCACCAUGCUGCCCUCGUUGCCAGGAAUACAGUUUUCUUGGUCAGCCUUAAGUUUUGUACCCAACAUAUAACCCCAAAAAAGAAAACAAAAAACUACAAAAUUGCUUCUUGUCCCUACCUAAAAGACAAAAAUUGUAACUGGAAUGUGAUGUACUAUUUUGCUGUAAUGUUCAUGAACUUCUGACAAGGUUAUACAAAGAUUCAUUAUUGUAUUCUGUUCUUUUCUUUGGGAAGAAGAAAAAGAGCAGCACAAUAAAGAAUAUGUAUGUAUUAUUAAUAGUGCUAUUUAUGCCCAUAGGAAAAAGAUAAUGGUCCUCAUUGUCAUCUGAGCACACCUGAAUCAAACUGAUAAUUAUUCUUUACCAUACUCAAAGACAGACAUUGUAUUGUGAAUGGAAAUAUUUGUAUCUAAUAAGGUGAUGGGGGCACAUGACAAAACAGAGUGUUGAAGCAAUAUACUGCUUAAAAACUUAGCAAGAUUAAUCUUUGUUGUUGCUUUUAAGUUAAUUUUCCUGCUGUAAUUGUCAGAAACAGGCAUUUUAUAUAUUUUCUGUGUAUGUUGGAAUGAAAUUGUGCAAGAGGCAUUUUCUAAAUUGUUGAUAUGUUCAUCAGCUUUUGUAGCAGUAUGUGAGGAAUGGAUUAUAAUAAAUGAGGGAAAAUAUUGAUUUUAAAUGAAUUAUUGUUGGUGAAGUGAGUAUACACAAAUUUUAGAGGAGAACAUGAAGGUAGUGUAAGUAAUACAGCAAGAACAUGUAGAAUAUCUCACAGUGCUUAAUGUAAAUGUGAAGCUUGAGAAAUCAGUGUCACAGGCACUAAAUGAUGAUUGGGGUACUAUACAUACAUAACGCAGCAUACCAUAUGUUGUUAGUCUCCAGAAUUCAUUCAAAACAGUGUAAUCUGUUUUGUUUUGUGUAAGACAACAAAAUGUGAAGGAAUCUGUUUUGUUCAGUAAUUUUGCAUUAUUUGAAGGUAUUCUUAAAGUAAUAGUGUUUACAUUCCCCACUCCUAUGAAACCUACAUGCUUAUAAUAUAGACUACACAGUUAUCUCAAGUAAGUUUUUCUGUGUGUCAUGUGAGACACAAUUUCUUGUGCAGAUGUUGCACCUGUGUAAUUCAUGAAGACUUCUAUAAGGACAUGUCAGAAAGCUAAAUUUCAUUUUAUAGUUUUUGAUUGCUGAAUAUCUGUAUUGUAAUAAUCUGUUUGAUAGCGUUCAUUUUGGUGAAUUGACUCUGAUCAUGUAGAUGGGAUUGGUGCAAUAAAGCUUUUUCAGAA